AUCCGGCCCUGGCUCUCGCGUGAUCCCGGCCGGCUGCACGGUCCGGUGAGCCGGCGCCGCUGCAGCCCAUGGAGCUCGAGAACAUCGUAGCGAACACGGUGCUACUCAAGGCCCGGGAAGGUGAGGCAGCCCGGGAAGGUGGUGGUGGAAAUCGCAAAGGCAAGAGCAAGAAAUGGCGGCAGAUGCUUCAGUUCCCCCACAUCAGCCAGUGUGAAGAGCUGCGGCUCAGUCUCGAGCGUGACUACCACAGUCUGUGUGAGCGGCAGCCCGUUGGGCGCCUGCUGUUCCGGGAGUUCUGCACCACGAGGCCUGAGCUGACUCGCUGCAUUGCCUUCCUGGACGGGGUGGCCGAGUACGAGGUGACCCCUGAUGAAAAGCGGAAGGCAUGUGGGCGGCGGCUAAUGCAGAAUUUUCUGAGCCACACGGGUCCUGACCUCAUCCCUGAGAUCCCCCUGCAUUUGGUGACUAACUGUGCCCAGCGGCUGGAACAGGGGCCCUGCAAAGACCUCUUCCAGGAGCUGACCCGGCUGACCCAUGAGUACCUGAGCAUGGCCCCUUUUGCUGACUACCUCGACAGCAUCUACUUCAACCGUUUCCUGCAGUGGAAGUGGCUGGAAAGGCAGCCCGUGACGAAAAACACCUUCAGGCAGUACCGAGUCCUUGGCAAAGGUGGCUUUGGGGAGGUGUGUGCCUGCCAGGUGCGGGCAACGGGCAAGAUGUAUGCCUGCAAGAAGCUAGAGAAGAAACGGAUCAAGAAGCGGAAAGGGGAGGCCAUGGCCCUUAAUGAGAAGCAGAUCCUGGAGAAAGUGAACAGUAGGUUUGUAGUGAGCUUAGCCUAUGCCUAUGAGACCAAGGAUGCACUGUGCUUAGUGCUGACGCUGAUGAAUGGAGGUGACCUCAAGUUCCACAUCUACCACAUGGGCCAGGCUGGCUUCCCUGAAGCACGUGCUGUCUUCUAUGCUGCUGAGAUCUGCUGUGGGCUGGAGGACCUGCAUCGGGAACGCAUCGUAUACAGGGACCUGAAGCCAGAGAACAUCCUUCUGGAUGACCACGGCCACAUCCGCAUCUCUGACCUGGGGCUGGCUGUGCAUGUGCCUGAGGGCCAGACCAUCAAAGGUCGUGUGGGCACUGUGGGCUACAUGGCUCCAGAGGUGGUGAAGAAUGAGCGGUACACAUUCAGCCCUGACUGGUGGGCGUUAGGCUGCCUCCUGUAUGAGAUGAUCGCAGGCCAGUCACCCUUCCAGCAGAGAAAGAAGAAGAUCAAGCGGGAGGAGGUAGAGCGGUUGGUGAAGGAGGUGCCCGAAGAAUACUCUGAGCGCUUUUCCCCGCAGGCCUGCUCACUCUGUUCCCAGCUCCUCUGCAAGGACCCUACGGAGCGCCUGGGGUGUCGUGGGGGCGGCGCCCAGGAGGUGAAGGAGCACCCUCUUUUCAAAAAACUGAACUUCAAGCGGCUGGGAGCAGGCAUGCUAGAACCACCCUUUAAGCCUGAUCCCCAGGCUAUUUAUUGCAAGGAUGUUCUGGACAUUGAACAGUUUUCCACCGUUAAGGGUGUAGAACUAGAGCCAACCGACCAGGACUUCUACCAGAAGUUUGCCACAGGCAGCGUGCCCAUCCCCUGGCAGAAUGAGAUGGUGGAGACUGAGUGCUUCCAGGAGCUGAAUGUCUUUGGGCUGGAUGGCUCAGUUCCCCCAGACCUGGACUGGAAAGGCCAGCCGCCUGCACCACCCAAGAAGGGGCUACUGCAGAGAUUCUUCAGCCGCCAGGAUUGCUGUGGGAACUGCAGCGACAGUGAGGAAGAGCUCCCCACCCGCCUCUAGUCCCCAGCCUGAGGCCCCCACCAGCGGUUGGCGGUAGCAGCUACUCCAAGUGCUAUUUACAGUUUUGCACAGUGGUCUUCCCCAUUGUCCACUCAAGUCAUGGCCUAGGGAACACAGCCAGAGUUGUCCCCAGUAUCCUCUGGCCCUCAGCCCUUGGCUUGGCUGAGUUUGACAAAGUCUGGGCCAUCCCUGGGACAAAGGUGCAUCCCUUUAGCUCUUCUGUGGAGCUCUGGGAUUUCUGUAUUUAUGUAUUUGUACGAAUGUAUAUAGCAACCAGAGUGUUCUUAAUUCCUACCCUAGACCUGGUGCCCUGCUUCAGCCUCCAAGGCAGCCAGCUCUGGCUGGGAGAGUUAAGAGAUAGCAGAGAGGGCCAGGGAUUUAGCACAGUGGUUCUAGUGCCUGCCUUGCAAGCGCAAGGGCCCAAAUACAAUCCCCGGUACCAAAAAAAAAAAAGCCAAUGCCAAAAUUAAGGCUUCUCACACCCCACUCAGGAGGGGCAAAGCCAGAUCCCCGAACCCCCAGCAUUGUGCUGGCCACCACCAACCUCUGAGUAAGACUCAUGCCUGUCCCUGUUUUCCUGGGCUCAGGCUGCACUGACUAGGGCCCAGUAGUAUCCCUUUAUAGCAAUUGUCAGAGGCCCGUGCCAAGGUGUGAACAGAGAUUGGACUAACCAUGAGACCCAUUAGUUCACUGCCCAAGCUGAUCCACCUUGGUCUCCCUCUGCCUUCUAGCUCCCAGCUCACCUUGUCUCUUAUGCUGGGCCCUGAAGACACCUUUUUCAAAAAUGCUCAAGCCCAGGAGAGGUAGGGAUGUCCUUGGCCAACUCCUGACCAACAUUCCACAAUUCCCUCAUAAAAAAUAUUCACAUGUGCCCAGCAAUAAUCUGUCCCUCCCUGUGUGUGCCCAUGGGGAAUGUGUGGGUGUGGGUGUGUAUCUGUGUGAAGAGGGUAGGGUAAGGCUGUGCCUAUAACCUAACCCCAGCCCUGGUCCUUCCCAGACUGUGCUAGCCAUCCUGGUUCCCGUGUUAGGGUAGAAUGGGAUUACAGGACCCUGGUUUUUCCAUAUUUAAAGCUAAUUUUUAUUACUCAUUUUGUCCAAUGUAAGCUGCCACAUGUCUGUGUGAAUACAGUCCAAGCACAAACCUGGCCAGCUGCCCCACCUGCCUCUUUCUUGCUUCUGGUGUUCCAGGGGGUCUUCCUGCUUCCCUGGCCCAGCUGGAAGCAGGAAUGGAUUAGAGGUGGACCUGGCAGAGGAGGAUAAGGGGCUGCCUUUCCAAGGGUCAGGAGUCUUUAGGACUUACUGGGAGGCAGUAUUUCUAGGCAGCCAGACCUUGGUGGCCUUUGAGUUCACCCAGUGGGUUCCAUUGUUUCCUAAAUACAUGGCAUGAGAAAGAGAGCCUUGGGUACUGUAGUGUGGGUCUGUUUCUGACUGUGCUGGAGAGGCAGGCCUAGUUGGCCAGGCUUUAAGCUAUCUAAGGCCAAAAUGAUCUGGCUGCCAAAUGUGAACUUGGGAGUGGCCUGGGGAGCCAAGUGGGAGCUGCUGUUCUAAACACCUGCUACAGAUCUUUCUUUACUUGGCUGCCUGCUAUGGGCUGGUGCAUGUGCAUCCCUCUCUUUUGUCCUUGAUACAUUAAAUGUAGAUGAGCAAAAGACCUAGAGAAUGAUGAUACUGGGGAAAAGGCUGUGGCAAGGUUGGGAAGAAACUGGCCACUUGCACAUCAAGGCAGGUUUUCCAAAGGUAGCUAGCUGGGCCUUGAAGGAGAAUCCUCUGGAAGACAGGAGAACCACUUAGGCAUUUGGGGUUAAGAGAUGUUUGAUCACAAAUUUUCCCCAGACUUUACAAACCUGUCACUGCUAAAUAGCUUUCCAGUGUCCCCAGCUCCUCCCAAGAAUGUCUUGUUACUACCAUAAAGGUUGUUUGCCUCUGGGCCAGGCACAUAGGGCUGCAGAAACCACAUGAGUUCUGUAGUUGCCAGUUACAGGUUCAUGUCCCCGUCUGGCAGCUUUUUAAACCUUUCUCGUCUAGGAAGACAAGUGUGAUAUUCAUUGCCUUGCAGGGCAGCUCUGAAAGUCCACUGAAGCAGUCAGUGAGCCCUCUGGAACCCCUAGGUUACUGACAGGACUCUCAACUGCUAGGGGAGUGGUUGCUAAGUACCAAGUUGGGCAACAGUCUUAAGAGCAGCCUGCAGGUACCUAGCACCAACUUUGUAGUUGGUGCUAAUGUGUGGAGUGCUUUCUCCCUCUUUGUAUGUGGUGAUGGGGUGGGGUUGCUCAAGGCCUUCCAGUGGGUUGAGUGGUCACCGCAGGGUGAAAAAAGCUAGUUGAUCCUACCCAUGAGGUUGAAGUUUGAAGUGCAUUUGUCUGUGCUCCAAAUUCUGGGGUUGGGGUGAGUGUCACAUAGGUAUUAAGUUGCAGAGGCCAAAGCUGUCCCUGGGCAGGUGUGCCAGGUGAACAUGCAGGGCCCUGAGGCACCCAUACCCUUCUCUCAUGUGCCCCCUUGUGUGAGGAAGGCAUCCAAGGAACUUCAAUAGGGUUAAAUCUUAAAUCUUUGGCAGAGGAAGCUCCCAGAAUUAAUUUCCCAACAAGCUUUUACUAAACUCACCUCCUCCCUCCCCAGCACUAUGGUGGGAGCUGGGCACACAGAUGGAGACCAGGCCCCUGCCAGCUUGGAGCUCAGUCUGGUAGGCAGGCAGACGUGGGAACAGUGGCACCCAAUGUGAUCAGCACUGGCAGAGAAGGUUCUAGAGUAGUGGGGGUUGGGGGCUGCAGCAAACAGGAGGCCCCUUGGCCAUGAAGGUGUCUUAGUUGGUGCUGUGUAGGACACAGGCCAAAUAGAUGAUGUAGAGCUUCUUGUGUCUUAGGAUGACUGAGCAUGGGGUAGAGGUGGGAUGGAAAAAAGGAGUGGCCACAGCUCAGGUCAGUGAGCUGAAACCAGCUUUGAAAGCCAUGUUAAGGGUACAGGGCCUCAUCUGGACAGUUGGGGAGUCCCUAAAGGGUUUUAUCAGGAUGUCUAUCCCAGGAUCUACAAAAAUACACACCUCCCUACUCUACAUAUGGUUUAGAUGGCGCUGGGUUUGCACCCCUGCAUACAGUAUACCACAUAUAUGACCCAGAUGGAAAUGUUGCAAGAGAUGGAACAGCCUUCUAGCCAACAGUGUUAAAGGACAUAAGCUCAGAUAGGAAGGGCCAGAGGGUUGAGUGUGGCAGCUCAUGCCUGUAAUCCCAACUACAUAGGAGACAGAGCAAAGAAUGUAGCUAUGUGGAGGCCCUAGGUUUACUCACCAGUACUGGCGGUGGCGGGGGUGAGGUCUCGUGGUGUUAGUUGCUAACUGCAUCUCCAGAGUGUGAUCAGCAAAAGCAGAAUUGCAUUCCUGUCUUGGCAACAUCGAGUUGACUCCAAGGAGUCCCAGUGGUCAGGCUAGAAACGUGUCCAGCACCUAUUGGGAGAGCAGAGUAUUUGGUUUCAAAGGCCCAGCAUGAUAGCACCCAUGUGGGACAAUGAUUCUCCCAAUUAAAUCUGCUGUAAUGUACCUUAAGAAAAUAGAAUGGAUACUGGGUGGCUAUUCAGAACAUAUCCCCUCCCCAAAGGUGUGGCCACCUGGAUUGGUUCACUGAUCAGCCAAAUGAGUCCAAAACAAAAAAAGUUACGUGUUUAUUGGUUUGCUAGUUUUUGCAAACUAUUGGGUAACAGUUCUUUUUCCUCUGGAAAUAAUAGGUGGCCUAGAGCUGUGGAGCUUGUCUUUGCCACCUCUUGUCAAAAUGAUGCAGACACAGAAAGAAAAGAGAGAAGCAGAUACAUACUUGAUGUUGCUGAAACACCUAGAACCAAUUGUGACAAUCUCCAAACUUGCCAGUUAAUUGUGCCCUGUGGGCUCAAGCCUAUUUAUUUUAGGGUUCCAUGCUUUGCAAUCCAAAAUGCUCCAGCUGAUAGUAUGUUAAGAGGGUGUUUUUUGAAAGAUCAUCCUAAGAGCCAUAGAGAGGUUGGUGUAGAAACAACUCAGUUAAAAGACCAGGACAGCUAGGUUCAGAGUGGCCUCUUUAAGAAGACCUCAGGGUGGGUCCCUCUGUAGGGGUCAUCUCUGUUCCCUGGGGCAUGUUCUUGGGGUCAAAGCACUAGGUCUCCUCCUGGUUCUGUUUAGGCACCAGGUGAUGUAUGCCUGAUGGGGAGACAAAGGGUGCGGGCAUGAAUUGGGAGGGAACCACAAUGGAGUGGCUGCAGGCUCAAACCCCUGCCCACUGCGUGUGUGCAAAAGACUGUCGGAAUGUGGCCGGGUCCUCGAGGUGUAGACAGCUUUCCAGGCUGAGCUGUGUGUGUAUCGGGUUCUUCACCUCAGCAGCUGCUUGGCUGAAUAUCCAGUGUGUGUGACAUGUGCUUGGGUCUGCUGGUGUGCCCCCGGCCGAGCAGCCUGUCGCCAGGAUGCGUGUGGCAUAUGUAUUCCCUGUGCAGGAUGCCCUGAGGGUGUAAACUUGGCGCCCUUGUGUACCAGUUCUGGGCGCGGCAGGUGGAUGCUUAGUCCCACGCACCCCUUUCCCU